AUGAGGUCGCUUACUCUACUACUCUCGCUCAGCACUGCCCUGCGCUCGGUUGCUGCUCCGCACCCCGCAUCUCCGCAGGGCCAGAUUCCUUUGGGAGGCAUCCCAUCCGCUUCCACCUCCGAAGUAGGGAUAGGGAUAGGGAUAGGGAUAGAGGAAGAUCCAUUCCCCCCCGCGGCGGGAUCAGGACACAAUGACCUCGAGGACGUCAUCAAUGCCUCGCCGCUGCUGUCCUUCCACCGCGACCUCGUCUCCAUCGAGAGCAUCAGCGGCCACGAGGCCCGCGCCGCCGCCUUCGUCGCGGACUUUCUCGAGGCGCACAACUUCACCGUCGUCAAGCAGCCCGUCGCCGGCGACCGCGUCAACAUCUUCGCCUCCCCGCGCGCCCACGCGCACUCCCGCCCCGAGAUCCUCCUCACCAGCCACCUCGACACCGUCCCGCCCUUCAUCCCGUACUCGCUGCACCGCAACGACAGCCGCCCCACCGACAGACAGUUGAUCCGCAUCGCCGGCCGCGGCGCCGUCGACGCCAAAGCCUCCGUCGCUGCCCAGAUCUUCGCCGCGCUCGACAUCCUGCACGCCGACCCGUCCGCCCCGCUCGGCCUCCUCUUCGUCGUCGGCGAGGAGGUCGGCGGCGACGGCAUGAAGGCCUUCUCGCACGACCCGCGCCUCAACCCGGCCCCCUCCCGCUUCCACACCGUCAUCUUCGGCGAGCCCACCGACUUCGCCCUCGUCGCCGGCCACAAGGGCAUGCUCGGCUUCGAGGUGCUCGCGUCCGGCCGCCCCGCCCACUCAGGCUACCCGUGGCUGGGCCGCUCCGCCGUCUCCGCCAUCCUGCCCGCGCUGCGCCGCGUCGACGCCCUCGGCCACAUCCCCGUCCACCACGGCGGCCUGCCCGCCAGCCACAAGUACGGCCGCACCACCCUCAACAUCGGCGUGCUCGAGGGCGGCGUCGCCACCAACGUCGUGCCGGCCGCCGCCCGCGCCGACGUCGCCGUGCGCCUGGCCGCCGGCUCCGUCGACGACGCCCGCGCCAUCAUCGCCGCGGCCGUGGCCGACGCCACCCACCGCGACCCCGCCGUCGUCGUCGACUUCUCGCGCCACCUCGAGGCGUACCCGCCGCAGGACCUGGAUGUCGAUGUCCCCGGCUUCGAGAUCACGACCGUCAACUACGGGACCGACGUGCCGAAUCUGCACCUCCAUCCGCGCCCCGAUGGCCCCGUCAAGCGCUAUCUGUAUGGCCCCGGGAGUAUCUUUGUCGCGCAUGGCGAGAAUGAGGGCCUGACGGUCGGGGCGCUCGAGGAGGCGGUCGGCGGGUAUAAGAAGCUGGUGCAGGCUGCGUUGGAGCGGACUCGUGCUUAA